ACUGAACGCUCUGGUGAUCAUCAGUGCCCUUGUCUUUAUAGAGGCGUCGUACGCUUUCAUGUACUACGACUUGGUCUGGAAUGAGGUUCUGAUCGGUAACUUUCGCAAUGCAUUUCUCGCCACCUUCGCCUCCUUUUAUGUGUUCGUUUUAAUGGACUUUAUCAUUCUAUUUAUGGCUAAUCAUAUUUUGUCAAUUAAGAAGCAGAAGUUCAUGGACUACCUCGACGAUCAACUACAAAGCUCUGAAUGGAAUCACGGUGUCUUGCGUUUGAUUAAAGAAAUCAAAACAACUUUGAAGAAAACGCCUAAAUUCAAGAUAUUCUUCGUUCUGGAUAUAGAUUGGGCCACGUUUCUUUUGGGUGGUGCUGAAUUUUUGAUGACAAUUGGCUUCGUUGUGAUUUACCAGUAUAUCAACCAAAAGUUCAAGAUUGCGAAAUUCGAAGCCUAAACCUAGUAUAGUAUGUUAGACAAUAUAUGCAUGUAUGUAU